GGGAGGGCCGGAGGAAAAGGGAAGACGGUUGUGGGGCUCGUGGUAGUACCCAAGUCUGGGCGGCCUGUGGGGCGCGAGGACUCCGGGGGAGGGAGACCGCAGCAGCAUGGCGGCCGGGUAUGAGCCGCCCAACCCUCCUCUGCCCCUCUGUCGCCGCCGCCGCCGCCGGAGUCGCCGGGACCCUUUGGUCUGCGUGUGUCAGUUGUAAGGCCGCUGCCGCCCGCCAGCCCUCGGUCCACCGGCCCUCCUUCCUCUACCGCCGCUGCCCGCCCGACGGUCGGGCUGGCGAAUCGCUCGACUCCCACCCCACCCACCAGUCCGCCGGCCGGGAUCAUGGAGGACGUGAAGCUGGAGUUUCCCUCGCUCCCGCAGUGCAAAGAAGACGCCGAGGAGUGGACCUACCCUAUGAGACGAGAGAUGCAGGAAAUUUUACCUGGAUUGUUUUUAGGCCCAUAUUCUUCCGCUAUGAAAAGCAAGCUACCUAUACUACAGAAACAUGGAGUAACCCAUAUCAUAUGCAUAAGACAAAAUAUUGAAGCGAACUUUAUUAAACCAAACUUUCAACAGUUAUUUAGAUAUUUAGUCUUGGAUAUUGCAGAUAAUCCAGUUGAAAAUAUAAUACGUUUUUUCCCCAUGACUAAAGAAUUUAUUGAUGGGAGCUUACAAACUGGAGGGAAAGUUCUUGUCCAUGGAAAUGCAGGGAUCUCCAGGAGUGCUGCCUUUGUUAUUGCAUACAUUAUGGAAACAUUUGGAAUGAAAUACAGAGAUGCAUUUGCUUAUGUUCAAGAAAGAAGAUUUUGUAUUAAUCCUAAUGCUGGAUUUGUUCAUCAACUUCAGGAAUAUGAAGCCAUCUACUUAGCAAAAUUAACAAUACAGAUGAUGUCACCACUCCAGAUAGAAAGGUCAUUAUCUGUUCAUUCUGGUACCACAGGCAGUUUGAAGAGAACACAUGAAGAAGAUGAUGAUUUUGGAAGCAUGCAAGUGGCUACUGCACAAAAUGGCUGACUCAAGAGCACCACAGAGGAUGUGAAUUCUAUUUGGGGAGGAGAAAACACUAGAAACAAUACUAAUGUAAAAUGGUAAAAACACAAGUAGUUUCUUUUCAAUUAUAUGUUGCUUCCAGAUGUGUUUCUCUACAACUUAUUAAGCAACAUUUUAAGAUAUUGGAUUUCUGCAAUAGAUGGCACUGAUGGUUUUGCUCCUUUUCUUUUUUUUAACACUUUACAGUUUAAUUAUAAACUAAAAUUUUGGACUUGCAAAGAGGUAUUAUUGCAAUAAUGCACUUUUCAUACUUGAAAUUUAUUUGUAUGAUAUAAAGUUACUACUUUAAACAAAAUGCAAAGUUAGGGGGAUUUGUUUAUAAAAUUUGGGUAAUUUAUAACAAAAGAAUUUCCUAAAGUUUGCUAAAAAUUCAUUUUGUGUUCUAUAUAUUACAUUUAAAAAAUAAUUUUAAAGUUCAAUUUUAUGAUGGAGCCUCUUACAGAAACAUUAACAAAUGCAGGAACCCGUCACUUUCUUUUUUAGUAUAAUUAAAUCGCUUAAUUACCCUUUUAUUUUUUAAAACAUCUUGAUCCCUUAUUACUAAUCUUGAAAUCAUGACAUUAAGCCAACUAUCCUUACUUUAAGAUGAUCUAAGUAUUGCUUCCUUUUCUAUUACCUUUCUAAUUUAUUUAGUCUAUAGAAGAAAAAUAUUUAAUGAACAAAAGAUUCAUUGCUUUAUACCAGAUGCUGAAAAACAAGGAGAGUUUUAGAUUUUCAAGUGACUUUUUCCCAUUUCUUAGAAGCCAAAUGUUGUGUUGUUCUUUUUAGAGUUGCUUAGCCCAAUUUUCUUUGUCCAAAAUGGUUCUAAAUAGUCUAUAAUAAACCAAUGUAGCACCAUUUUUUCCCUAAAUGAAUCCCCAAAAAAAAAGUGCCUUGCAUCGUAAAAAAAAAAAAUAACUAAAAUAAAUCCUCAUGACCUCUAAAUGAGUAUGUAGAACAUUGAAAAAUUUUUAACAUUUUUCUUUAACUUUUUAAACCCAUAAAUUAGUUUAAACUGAAAGCCUGAGGCUUGAAGAAACCUGUAAAUAAUUUGGAAAUAUUUACUCCUUUAUUUUAUGUUAUCCUAAUAAUUCUUUGAGGUUGUUCUGGCUCAGACAGAAGCCUUUCUUUGAAAAGAUGCAUUUAUUGAGGAAAAUGAUUUGUGGGAGACUUUAGAAUAUUUUAAAUUUGUGUAUUAAUCAGUUCUUUGCAUUGAGUUAAUCCAAAUUUGCCCUAUAAUUUGCAAUAGCAAAGUCACUUUAUGGAUCCUAUUUCUCCCUAUUUUUAUUUAUAUAUAUAAAAAUUGUUUUAACAAAAACGUUUUUGCUAUUUUAAGUAUGAUGUGAGGGAGGAGUGUUUUAACUUUUAUAGUUGAUAAUUUAGGUUAGCACAAACAAAACUCCUUUCUCACUUUUCUCAGUCCUCUCUUGAGGUGCUUUACUGAUGGGAAUGAUUUCCAUACAUUCCCUUGGUACCAAGAGGUACUAUGCAAAGUGACAUUACACCAAGUUACAUGCUAGGCUUUCCUCCCUAAAAUGUAAUAAUACAGUAAAAGCUUGUUUUAUCAAGCAUAGCAGGAGUAAAAAUUAAUUAAAAUUGCUUUGUUAAUAAGAGUCAAUUCCUGUUGACCCAGGUGGUAUUCCUCUUCUGAUUUUCCUUCCCUUUCUCUAUUUUAUGACCCUGAAAACAACAUGUUAAUUCCAUUGUGGUUUGUAUUUUGUUGUGUGAUUAUGUCAUUUGGUGGCUGGCUAGUUGAGUCAAGAUUUGCACUGAGUGUUCAGAAAUUCCUGUUGGUAAAGUGCCAGAUAACACAGCUUUCCUGUAAAUAGAUCACUAUUGGAUAAGUCAGCGAAGAUCUCUCUUGUAAUCUAAUAAUAUAUGAUGCUUCAUUCAGCAGAAAGUCUGCUCAAAAGAAUCUUCAUAGUAGUACAUUUAGGUUUUAAAAAUGAGAUAAAGAUUUUUAAAAUUAGUUUCUUAGGUAUACAUAUCCUCUCUAGUAAGUUGGGCCAAAAAAUACAGGUUUAGUUAUUUAUAGUUGAUAAUUUUCCACUUUUUCUAACCACUAUAAUUCUAUGUUCUCACUAAAGUGCCUGCCCAGCACUGUACAUUAAAGACUCUUUAUCACAACACUACGAAAAGGGACUGUCAUGAGUACAAUAUUAAUGUGGACAAAAUGAUGUUAUUCUUUCUUUCAUAAGAACCUUGCAAGUUUGUUUUAUCUGGGAUCCGUUCUUCCACCUAAUGUUCAUCUAGUUCUGGUAGCUCUUCCAGUCUUUCUUCUAUUUGGUUCCAUUUCUGUGCUUUCUUUAUUUCUACUGAUGUUUUGUGAUAGCUAACUAUGAUACAUUUAACCAAUCAUGAUUUAUUUUCUAGAAUAUUUGAAUAAUGUAUAAAUGGCAUAGUUCCCAACUUUAAACAUUAAAUAUGUAAUCUGGGCACAGAAUUUAAAGUGAAAUUGCAUUAAAAUAUAGGGCAACUGUCUUGUCCCUUUUGAAAGUGAGAAACUUAAAUAUUGAAAAUAUUCAAACUGGAAUGGCAGUAUUCUAACCUAAUAUCAGUUAAUUGGUUUAUAUGAUUUUACCUAUUAGAUGUUUUAAAUAGCAGUUACUUUUAUUUGUAUCUACUCUAUGGUGGAAAUGUUAAAUCAUAAUAGCUUUUGCUACACACUCCCAACCACUUAAUUUUUAGAGUAGAAUAUAUAUUUCAGGGGGAUUUUGUUUCACCUGAAUUUAGAAGUAAUGUCAGAAAAUGUUAAGCAUGUCCUUUUUAAGAAAAUAUAAGGUUUCUAAUUGUCUUAUUACCAUGGUAAUUCAAGUGAAUUAGAAGUAUUCAACUGCAAUCUUGAAUUAUAAAGUUGGGAUGCAUAUAUAUGCAUAUAUAUCAGAGUCUCAACUGAUGUAAAGUAAAUGAGCAGUUACCUGGUGGAUUCUUUUUUUUUUUUUUUUCUCCAAUAACUGGCUUAACCCACACUUCCACAACAAACUUAGCUUCACUUCAGUAUUUACUUUGUUGUUCAUUGAACAAUGCUCCAAAAAGGAAAUGUUAGGAAAUAGCUGAGAAUUAUUAAGAUUUUAUUUUAUUUUUGGUCAGAAAAAUGUUUCUAGGGUCUUUGAAUGCUGGAUUUUUUUUUUUUUUGUCUUACCCAUCCAUGGCAGCUAAAAAAAAAAAAAAAAAAAAUCAAAAUAUUCAGGUUUACAUGUUAGCUCUCUUUAUAGGGAGUUGCCAUACCUCACAAUUCAAAGUGUAUUCUAUAGAUCAGUACAUUAUACUGACAUGUAAUUGCAAUUUACUAUGCAGCAAAAAUUCAAGAAAAAUAACCUACAGUGUCUACUUACCUUUGUAUAGGCAAUUGCUUAAGUUACUCUGCUUUUAACAUUUGUACUUAGACAAAAUGCUUAUGUAUGUUUAGGAAUGUCACAGUGCGAGAUGCUGCUAGCCCAGACUCAAAGUAUUAAAAUUAUUUUGUGAA